CCAUAACCCGAUCCCCCCUCUCGCUCGGUGUACGGCGGUGUAAUCACAGAGUGUUUCCCCGCAGUGUUAUUAACUUGUUUCCCUAGCCAGCCUGCCUGGGUCCCCGGGGCCAGCGAGGUUCCCCCCCCGUGCCUGGCAGUGGUACGCUCCGCGGCGCGCUCUCUGCUGACCGUGUGGAGAGUUCCCGCCUGACAGCGAGCCCGGACCCCGGGCAUGUUAUCAGAGCCAGUCCGGGCGGCAACAUGGCGGAGGGCGAGCCCAAGGUCCCCGAGGAACUCUUCAAAGAUGUCAAGUAUUACCCAGUGGGCGACCUGGAUCCUCAGGUAGGCGAGUGAGUGUGGCUAGUGCCAGGCUGGGCCUCACAACUGACUAACAUAUCAUAACCUGUACCAGGACUACAACUCCCAGCAUGCUCAGCCCCCUCUGGGCCUCACAACUGACUAACAUACCAUAACCUGUACCAGGACUACAACUCCCAGCAUGCUCAGCCCCCUCUGGGCCUCAGAACUGACUAACAUACCGUAACCUGUACCAGGACUACAACUCCCAGCAUGCUCAGCCCGGCUCUGGGCCUCACAACUGACUAACAUACCAUAACCUGUACCAGGACUACAACUCCCAGCAUGCUCAGCCCGGCUCUGGGCCUCACAACUGACUAACAUACCAUAACCUGUACCAGGACUACAACUCCCAGCAUGCUCAGCCCGGCUCUGGGCCUCAUAACUAACAUAUCAUAACCUGUACCAGGACUACAACUCCCAGCAUGCUCAGCCCCCUCUGGGCCUCACAACUGACUAACAUACAUAACCUGUACCAGGACUACAACUCCCAGCAUGCUCAGCCCGACUCUGGGCCUCACAACUGACUAACAUACCAUAACCUGUACCAGGACUACAACUCCCAGCAUGCUCAGCCCGGCUCUGGGCCUCACAACUGACUAACAUACCAUAACCUGUACCAGGACUACAACUCCAUGCAUGCUCAGCCUGACUCAGGACUCAGAACUGACUAACAUACCAUAAUUUGUACCAGGACUACAACUCCCAGCAUGCUCAGCCUGACUCAGAAUUGACUAACAUACCAUAAUCUGGACCAGGACUACAACUCCCAGCAUGCUCAGCCUGACUCAGAAUUGACUAACAUACCAUAAUCUGGACCAGGACUACAACUCCCAGCAUGCUUAGCCCGACUCAGGACUCAGAACUGACUCAAAUACCAUAAUCUGGACCAGGGCUACAACUCCCAGCAUGCUCAGCCUGACUCAGGACUCAAAACUGACUAAAAUACCAUAAUCUGUACCAGGACUACAACUCCCAUCAUGCUCAGCCUGGCUCAUGACUGCCAAAGCAUCAUGGGAGUUAAAAGUUCUAUAACAGUUGGAGAUCUAGCUCUAAUUAACCCCUCCUUGAUAUCAGCUGGCUGAGCAUCAUGGGAAAUGUAGUCAGCCACAGGUGGAGAGUAAGGGGUUAACUGCUAAGCCAUCACUGUGCCUGGGCUGCUUUAUGGAGCCUGAGGAUAUUGGUUGCCAUAUAGUGAGCUUAACUGACAGGCUGUGGGUAGCAAGGGCUGAGGGUGAUGACGUAAUGCAGGCACUUCCUGCUAAAUAGUGACCCUCACUCUGUUGGUUAACAUUGGGUUGCUCAGUCUGUGCUUCUUGUCACCAAAGGGGGCAAUUCAGACUGAGUAAUUCUACUACAAGCUAGUACAUAAAAAUAUUCUUCAUUGAUAGUUUAUUGUUUAAAAAAAUAUUAUUGUGGUUUAUACAAACUCAAGUAUUUGCAGCACAACUCUACCAAAACAACAUCUCCCCCUUUUGAAAAUUGAAUAAAAAAUGUCCUUUAUUAAUUUUCACUUUAUUUGUUUGGAAGUCGUAAAAAACAAUUAGGACCUUUCAGUGCAUUGAAAGUAUGAUACUCUAGCAUUAAAAUUAAACAUUUUUUUUAUUUUUAAUGUUUGGUUAUAGUCUCUCACCCCCUUGUUAAAUAACAAAACAAACAAAAAAAAACUCUGUUUUACAUACAUGUAAUCCAGGACCAUGGCAGUCUCUUUGCAGCAACUGUGCCUCGACUUCCGAGAUAAUCCUGAUGUGUGAUGCAGUGGAUCAAUACAAUGUUUCUGAUAUUCUGACAAAUGUGAAAACAUUCAACAUUUGAAAGUCUUGAAGAGGAAAUGUGUCCAUUGUCUAUCAGCCUGACAGCCACUGGAGGCAUGUUUCUGGCCCUGCGUAAACAAUGCCACAAAAAAGGUUACAGGGCUGAUGAAAUUGUUGUUUGAAAUUAGUUAUGGCUGUUAUCGGUUUACAGAGCAACGUCACUUGUCCUGUAUGAUGAGUGGAACUACUUUUGGGGAAUAAACUACUUCUAAUAUAAACUCCUGAUAGACAAAGUUUGAUGGGAUAAAAGCAGACUACAUUAUUAUGUUAUUAUUUAUAUAGUGCCAAUAAAUUCCGCAGCGCUUUACAAUGGGUGGAUGAACAGACAUGUAGUUGUAACCAGACAAGUUGGACACAGUAACAGAGGGGUUGAUGGCCCUGCUCAAUGAGCUUACAUGCUAGACCACAAUGAGACUCCUGGUUGCGCAGUCUUUCCUUGGUGAGAGAAGGACCUGCCUUCUACUUUCUUCUGCAAGUGUCAACUUAAAGGACCACUAUAGUGCCAGGAAAACAUAUUCGUUUUUCUGGCACUAUAGGGUCUCUAGGUCCCCCCCACCCUCAGCGCCCCCCUCCCACCGGGCUCUAGGGGCUGGAAGGGGUUAAAUCUUACCUGUUUUCCCCCGCGGCGCUCCAUCAGUGCGGGGAACUCUCCUCCUCAAGAACCGCGUGCGCAUUCAGCUAGUUUAUAGGAAAGCAUUCUCAAUGCUUUCCUAUGGACGCUGGCGUCUUCUCACUGAAAAUCACAGUGAGAAGCGCGGAAACGCCUCUAGCGGCUGUCAAUGAGACAGCCACUAGAGGCUGGAUUAACCCAUUUGUAAACAUAGCAGUUUCUCUGAAACUGCUAUGUUUACAGCAGGCAGGGUUAAAACUAGAUGGAAGUGGUCUGGGUGCCUAUAGUGGCCCUUUAAUUAGAAACUUUCACAGGGUUUAUUUGUGCAUUAUCUCAAUUAGGGAUUGACCAAUUAUCAGUUUAGCUGAUAUUAUUAUUAUUAUUAUUAUUAUUGCCAUACAUUUAGGAUUUUGGCAAAUAUUGACUCAUAAUGAUAAUAUUGCCAAUAGUGCCUGUGGUAGUGGAGGCACCAGUGCAUGCGAUCUUCAACAUCUCUCUCGAACUCUUGUGAUCCCACGGCUGUAAAAGCGUUGCCGCAUGUUACUACGGCAACACUCCGUGCUGCAUACUAGGCUCACGAGAAUUUGAAUUUAUAGGCUAGGCAAACCCCAACAUGCAAUAAGUUGAUUCUGUGUAUUUCUGGGAAACAUGACUUCCUGGCUUCUGUUGCUUGUCAAGCUGUACCUUACAGAGCUGGAGAUUUGACAAGUGAGUUGUGCAUUGUAGAACCCAAUGGUUGAAUUGUUUUCUCCCCUAAAUCCUGCAUAUUUGAUGUUAUUUUGUAGGUUGUUCAGAUGCUGAAAGCUGGCAAAGCGAAAGAGGUUUCAUACAAUGCGUUAGCUACACACAUUAUCGCUGAAGAUGGAGACAAUCCUGAAGUUGGGGAAGCACGGGAAGUCUUUGAUCUUCCAAUUGUGAAAGUAGGUUAUUAAAAUUAUGCAAUAAACAAUACAGUAUCUUUGUGCAAAUUACUGAUUUGGUCAGAAAAUUACAGGAAUUUAAAAUGAUCUAGGCAUUGUGCUGAAUAUAGAGCUUGUAGUGGUAAAGAGUAGGUUAAAAAUACAGAAUAAGGCAGUAAAAAUAACUAUGCAUUCGUUUUUAAAAUCAAAUGCUUCUCAUAGAGAAGCAUUGUGCAUCCCAUUUGAAGAUAUACAAAUAUGUAAAACAGUUGUUGGUAUGCAAAUAUAUAACAUCAUUGGAGAGUUACUCCAAUCACCAUGACCACUUUAGGGAUUUUACAUGGUCAUGGUGGUAGGGUUAUGUAUGUGCAGUGUUUCUGCUUGAAACACUGCACUUCCAGACUAAUAGUCACUUGUGUGCUGGGUUAAGUUGCACACCCAAGCCCACGUGAAAUUGGAUCUGGGCUGCCUAAUAUGAAUUUUGUGCAUAAAUCAUGCUGCUGACAUGAAAAAUCUUCCCCUGAUAGUCAGAGUGCCCUCAAAGGGAAGCUAGCCCCUUGCUCUGAGCCAGCAAUUGGUGAGAAGCCUGUGUAUGGACUAAGCAUGGGUCCUGUGACAUGAGAAUGUGGAAGGGAGCUCUGGGAGCUUCACCUGAUGCUGAAAUCCUGGUAAGUGAAAAACCUUUUUCACAAGUUCAACUGCAAUAAGAGCAGGAAGACCUUGUGCAUAGUGCCCAAUAGAACAUUUUACAAACAAAAGGUUCCCCCACUACAAAGAGUUAAAGUAAAUUACUGAGUCUUUUACACAUUAUAUGAAUAAAAUUAAUAAAACGCAUUGGUGUAAUAGGUCCCAAAAUGAGCUUCUCUGACAAUUCUGCACAUUUCAAAUAAUACUUGUUUCUUGUGAACUUUUGAGUUCUUUGUCUAAUAUCACACAGAAUGUUGUUAGGGCUGCAGAAAUAAAUAGGUUUAUUUUUAAAUACCAGGCAAGUGAGCCUGCUGGGACAUGAUAUAUACACAAAACUAGUAAAUUUGGCUAACGUUGUUUAGAUUGCCUUUUUUAGAACUCUAUAAUUAUCCAAUGGAAAACAAAAUAAGUUGUGUAGUUCUUAUAAAUAAAUAAAUAAAUACAUAGUCAUUGUAUGAUUUGGGUGCUGAAAAGUAAUAAAGGUAGUAUUAUACUCACCGGAGUAGGCAGCAGAGUCUCUUUAACGUUGACCUGGUGCUCAUUUCAAAUUUAGUGAAAUUAUGAAAAUUGUGAGAGAGAGAGAGAGACAAACCGAUUUUUAUAUAGAUAGAUCAACCCUACCAAUAUGGAAAACCUUGCUGAUUUAUGCUUUAGUAACGUAUUCUUAUAAAUUAAAUAAAUGUCAGUCACUUUCAGGUCAGAUGUUUGAUAUUAAAGAUUAGUGUUGCAGUUAUCAAGAAGCUAGGAAGCUCUGGGUAAAGUCCCUUAGCUUGAUUUCUUUCCCCCAAACUCCAGGAGCUUAGAUUGCAAUGUGAGAUGUCUAACCGUUCACACAGCUUGCUCCCACUGUACCAUGAGAGAAAGAACUGGUGGAUAGAAUGAUUCGAUUUUCUUGUUACUAUAGCGUAUAGCCCUUUCCUCUGCACAAAAUGUAUUCAAGCUUGGUGUUUCCCUUCUUACUUAUUCUACUCACAAGGUUUUUCAGGUUAUACAUGGAACCUAGUUAAAUUUAACCUACAUAAGUCAAGAUGAAAGGAUAAUAAAAAAUGUUUACCUGUCAUGGAUACUCUAAUGUAGGGUCUGUUAUUAUUCAACAAGAACUCAAAUAUAAUUUCAUGUUAAUUACUACGAACAUUUGAAAUUAAAUUAUGAAUACAUAGUAAUCCUACAAUGUAUCUCACUUCUAGAAAGCCAGGUUAAAAUGGUCAUAAAAUGAAUAGGGCUUGUUUUGCGGUGCUUUGCACAUUUGUGCCUAAAGAGAAGACUUACGUUUUACUCCACCUAUAGUGGUUGUCUUUCAUGUCCCUAAUGGAGUUUUACUCCGUUAAAUGACGUUGGACAUCCUUAUGUUUUGCAUGAGGAUAUCUAACGCCUUCAAAUUCACCAUAGGAAAGCAAUAACUCGCUGCACAUAUGCAUUAGAUCCUCCCAUUGCUGUGACACUGCAAGGGGAGGAAAUCUAGCUAGCAUUGAGAAGAGGAAAGUUUAAAUAAAAUAGGUUUUUAACUCUUACUUUCUUGAUCAGAGGAAGGGUGUCCCAUUAAGUUAGGGACAGGGCACUGUAGAUUUAGGAAUGAAAAAUAAAUCCUCAUUUUUACAGAUACCUUUUUAUGUGUGCUAGAUUCCUUGGUACGUCAAGUAUUGUUACUGUGAUUGCAUAUAAAAAAAAAAAGAAAAGAUUUUUAGUUCUGGGAAAACUCAAAGCUUCUUUGAAAAAACUAAAUGAGAUUUCUCCAGCAGAAAUAUUAGAGCUUCAAUAGAACAGAAAUAGCUUCAGGCUGUUUUCAUCACAGUGGGUGCCAUAACCUGAGGCUGAAGCCAAACUGUAAAAUUUAAUUUUGUGAAAUAAUCCCAGUCCAAGUUAGAAAAUUCUUCAAAGUCAUUAAUGCAAUUUUUAGUUCUUGUAGAACUUCAUUUCAGCACAAAUAUAAGCAGGCUCCUGUGACCUUCAAUAUAAAAUGUAAAAAUCAAAAAUUUCAACCCGCUGAAGUGUUUAUAGGUGAGGAGUAUCCUAGUUUAACGCCAGUUUAUAAAAUUCCUGAUUUCUAUGAGAAAUCGUCACUUUUAUAAAUUAACUAGGGAACAUCACCCUGUCUAACAGCCAGGGAGGUUUGCAGCUUCUUUCUGUUAGCUCCCUGAACUAAUGGAAGUGGCAGGCACGAUCUAUUUGAGUGUGCCUGCCUCCCACUCCUCCACAAACCUAAGACUAGACAUGCGCACAUUCACAUGAACUGGUGCGGACAAGGGCCUUCUCCAUGAAUUUAUUUCCUCUUUGAAAAGCCUGAAAGUCUCUUCUGGGAAAAUAGGGUAGGGAUUGCUAAGGCUGCAGUUCAUAAGACCUGCAGCUUUUGCAAGCUCUUUUAAGAUAUACCCCCAAUGAAUACAUAUUACCAUUUUUUUUUUUUUUUUUUUUUUCGAUGUGCAAGAUGGAGUGCUCUUUUAAUAAACCCUUAAGGACCAAACUUCUGGAAUAAAAGUGAAUCAUGACAUGUCACACAUGUCAUGUGUCCUUAAAAGGUUAAAGAAGCACUGUAGUUUGUAUUCCUGACAUAAUUUUAAAAUCAGUAUUUAGACCCCGGCCCCCUUGCUUUACCCUAAAAAGUAAUUUUGUUUUUCUCAUCUUUUUUUUUGAGCAUCGUUCCGGUUUCGCUCCUCCUCCAUGACUGUGAUAAUCAGAUUUGAUUAUCUCAAUCCAGUGCUUUCCAAUUGGAAGCUCAGCAUCUCCUCACAGAGAUGCAUCUCUAUGGUGAGUGUUUGCUGAAUGCCAGUGACUGAACAAUGUGCAGCACUGACCCGUCUGAGUGACUGCCACUAGAGGUGUAACUAGUCAGUAAUGGAAAUACUGCAUUUUCUCUGAAAAGGCAUUGUUUAUAUUAAAAGGCAUGCAGGGACAUUAAGCUGUAGUGGUUUUGGUGACUAUAGGGUCCCCUUUUAAAGUAAAGGGAAAUGACUAUACUUAUGCAUGCUAUUAAAAACACGAGAUGUAUUCUUCUGUAACAAUGUAAAUUUGAUGUGAGAAAAUGUGCCAUAGUAAGUAUAUAUCAGUUUCACUAAAACAAAGCGAUUGCACCUAUUUCCUUCUUGAGUCAUAAGCGCUAAGAGUUGCGAUAAAAUGUAACAAAUUUUAAAGAGAAACUUCUACUUUAUAUUCAAUGUAUUUCUUUCUGUCAACAUAAGCUUAUUUUGAAUAAUAAGCAUUAAAUCGUGUAUGGAUGCAUUAUGGGUGUUUUUUUAUUAUUUAUUUUCAAUAAGUACUAAGGGUUCAUGAUUCAUAUUCUUCUUAGAAAAUUAUUGUAUUUUUAACUAUAUAUUGUGGAAAACGAUUGCUAAUUGUUAUAUAUUUUCUUUUGCAGCCUUCCUGGGUCACAUUAUCUGUUCGUUGUGGUGCCCGCCUUCCGUAUCCUUUUGUUUUAAAAUUCAGUUUCUCAUAUAAAUUCUUUUUAAAAAUUUUUUUUUAUUUUUAUGAAAUCGUUUGUAAUACUUUAUGCUUUCUCCAUUCUGAUUGUCACAAGCCUGCAUGAAACCAAUUUUAGAAGCAAAAUACAAAGGGGAGUGUGCUAUGCAGAAAACAACUUUUCAAGAAUUGUGUGUUGUAAAAUUAAAACAGACUUCUGGAAUUCAAUAUGUUCUCAAUAUAUAAAAGCCUAGUCAUUGUUAACUUGGAGCCUCUUUGAAUAUUUGUGGGGCUAUUCUUAAUAUUCUUGAGCUAUUUUGCUAAUUAGUUUUGGUUAGAACUUAUUUUAUACUGGGGCAGAUGAAGUAACUACCGAACGCUGUAGUACUAUAUAAAAUGUUAUAUAAAAAUUACAUAGUGACACCAAAUAUGUAAUAAAAUAUUUAUAGUUUUAAAAAGUCAAAUGCAUAGAUGAUGAUGAUUUUUAUUUUUUUGUUGAUUUUUCUCUGGCAGUGCACUGGACUUGGUGUAUCAGUGUAAAGCCACAGUGCUUUAUAUGUGGCUGUAUGCCAAGACUUCUGGUUCCAUUUACAACAUCAUAGAGAGAGCAAACGUAACAUGUGUUCCUCUUUACAUGUUGCUUUGACGUUCUCUAGAUUAGCAUGUAUUGGUUACUUGAAUUGGAUCUUUCGCCAUCCACACCUUUUAUAUAGCAGACAAGUGCACUUUAAGCCAGUCAACAGUGAGUUGGAAACUGGAUUAUUUACUAAAGUUUUCGAAGUGAAUUUCUAAUUUAAGGCCAGAAUAGCUCAUUUGGUGAAAUAAGCUAUUUGCACGUUAUCUAUGCUUCCAGUUGGCCUGUAUAGGCCUUAGAUUCUAACUUUAGUAAAUAACUGAUCAACCUUUUAUUUAUAGCAGUUCAAUCUUUAGAGGAAAAAAAACUGUGCGUGUUUUCUCUUACUUGAGAGCACCUGCAUUUUUCUAGGUCAGAGUUUCUUUCCAUCAUCCUGAUCUAAGCUUUACUAUGGUAAACCUAAAGUUUUAUUUUGUACUAUUUAGAAACAAACAUGCCUUUGGUGAUGCCUUAAAAGUAGUAGUUCUAGCACUAGAACUACUUUUUUUUUUUUUUUUGAUCUUGUAAACAAGCACCGGAGGCCAGUGCGAGACAGUGUUCUAGUACAUAUGCUUCAGAAAAACACAUAUGGUCCCUCCAUUUGCUGUAAGUCACAUGGGUAUCAAAGUAAUUGUAUUAUUUUUAAAAAUGUUAGAUCUAAAUGUUUGUAUAAAGAUACUUGGGUGUAAAAAAAGAGCUUUAAUUUUUUGAGGAUUGGAGAAUAAGUUGAAAGUUCAAGUCUGUUAAAUAAUAGUCCUGUUAAAUUCACAUCACACAUUAUAUGUGUGAUGCUAAUCCAGUCUGACUGUAAUGAAUAGCUGAUCAUGGGAAACUGGUGAAGCCCAGACAACACAAUAUACAAUAAUUCUAAGUGUGCUAUGCAGAAAACCACUGUAGAGGUGGAGGGGAGGCUGGUGCACCUGAAUAUGAAUAAAACCAUAAAUUACGAUUUUAAUCUGGCAAACAGACUUACCAUAGGCUUAUUAGUGCAUGAAGAGCCAGAUAAUGACUUCAAAUGCAAGUUGCAUGAUAAAUGAUUUUAAAUAUAUAUUGCCUAUUUAUUACUUCAAAGGUUUUGAUUUGAAGUGGUCAUGCUGGUAGAGGUCAGCUUGAAACACUGCACAUACUGAGACAUUUGUAAUUGUGUGCUGGGGACUGGUUGCACCCUCAGCAAACGUGACAUUGGAAGUCCAGAAUUCUGUGCAUAAAAUAUGUCUGUUAGCGCGCACUGCUUCCUGACAACAGACGUAGCUCUACCCACCCACCCUCUCUGCAUUCCCUUUUGCCUUCUCCGUUCCACAUUUUGUUUAAGAAAAAAAACCUCCCUCGCUUGCCCAGACUGUGCCCAUGAGAUCUGAGUAGGUGAAAUGGUCCAAUCAAAGGCUUUUCUAUUAGAAGCCUGUGAUUGGACCUCUUUCGGCACCAGUGAUGUCAGAGGGUGUGUGGAAAAUCAGCGUUGGUAACUUUGUCUGGGAUAGGAUUCCAGAUGAGUGAAACCAGCAAUAAAUAAGGUUUUAAUUGCAAAUUGAGAGGGGGAGGGCAGCUUCUCCACAGUGCCCAAUAGGGCAUAUUACCUAGGAAAGGUCUCCUCUCUCAAAAGUUAUAUUAAUACUUUAAAACAAAAGCUUUAGCAUUUACAUCCUAAAAUGUCACCUACUAAUACUUUUAUUUACGGAUAUUGAUAUAGUACAUCAAAUUAGACAAGACACUACCAAGCAGUACUUCUCCUCUUGAUAUGUGUCAUAGUCAUGGUACACAGUCACAAUACUAGAAAAAUAGCAUUCAUUGCCACUGGAAGAAAUUUACAGUGGUGUAUUUUGAAUAAGUAGGUAUCCAUAACAUCCACACAUCUUCCACUCCGUUCACGUAAUAUCAUCCAACUGGACUCCGUCAUUAACUAAAAAUGAGUUCAUAUUUAUAGCUUGCAUGCAGGUCUAACCUAACAUUUUAUUUAACAAUGUUUCUUAGUCAGUUUUGUCUUUUUCUUGCUUUUUUAAAACCCAUUUGCUUUAUUUCUUUUUCAUUUGCAAUACCUGCCAAAUAUGAGCAAAUAGAUUAAUUACGGUAUUUUUAUUUUACGUGCAUACCUCUUUAGUUCUAAGUUAUAGUCAUCUCCAGUCUAGGUACAGAUAUAAAUUUGGAAGAGAUGUAUUAUAUUGCAUCCCUAAUCUGUCUAGGCAAAUACAUGUGUUCAGGUCAUUCUCAUCUAUGUGAAUGUUGUUAAAACCAUGUUCCUUAAUUAAUACAAACAGUGAAAAUGGAUUCUCUCCGGAAUCUGGUCAGAUCUUUUUUGGGGUAACUGCUUGCCUCUCACAGGUAUGUAUAUAGAAUGUAACAGAUUGUAAAUGGUGCUGCUACAUAUAUAGUGUGUAUGACUUUCAUUUACUAUUAACUCCUUUACAUUGUAAAGUUAUUUAUACGAGACAUGACACAAAGACAAGGUUAUGUUACAUAAAAUCUUCAUUUUUGUAGGAGCAGUGAAGGUUUCGUUAAGGUUUAUUUUUGUGUUUCAAAAUAAUGAAGAAAUGUCAAAUUUAAUUUUAUUUACUUGAUUCAUGUUUUUGUGUUGUAUUAUUCAAUUUUUAAAAACAUUUUUAUACUUUUCCUUUAAUGUAUAGUUUUGGCAUCCAUUAAUGCAUACAUUUGGACCGAGUGAAUUAUACAAACCAUAAAGGUUAUGUCUGCCAUAAAAAGAGCCAUAUAAAAUAUUGCAGAAGUGCAAGCUAAUCUAAAGUUGGACUGAACAUGAAUUUCAAUUAUGUACCCCCUGUGACUAUGCAUGCAAAUGAGCUGCAUGGUCAGGGGCAAGUUUAUGCAAGAUCACAUCCCUGGUUGGUUGGCUUCUCCAGAUAUAUUAUAAAGGGUACAACGAUAGAAGAUGAAUAGAAGAUGAUCUAAUAAGAAUGAGAAAUUAACCUGCAUGAAAUAGUGACCUUUACCCCCACAAUACAAUUAUAUUUGAAGACUGGCACGCAUUAUAGUAUUUAAAAAGAAAAUGUGGGUGGGGAUUAAAUAUAAUGUGACUAAAUCCACAGAAGAGGGUUCCACAACCCGUUAAAACAUUUCUACAUUCCAUGUAAAGCUGCUGAACUGUUUAAAAUAAGUACUGAGUGCCAGAGGACAUAUUUAAGGGACACUGUAGUGACCAGAAAAACCUCAGCUUAAUUUAAAGUAAACUAUUAUUUUCUCUGGACUUUUUUUUUUUUUCACAAGUUUGCCUUAUGUUUUUUUUCUACAAUUUUUGGCUACAAUUUCCUAUACACUCAGUGGAUUAUACUAGGAUUCCCUGUACAUUGGAUUUAUUUUUUCAUCCCUUUUUUUUUUUUUUUGAGACAUACUCUCUAUUUCUUUGGGUUGAGUUAUUUAUUUAUAUAUCUAUCUCUUAAGGAUUUUUUAUUUUUUUUCUCAUUCAUUCAUUUUUUUUUUUUUAAUGUAAUUAGAAUUAUAUAACCAUAUUCAUUUAUUAUUGGGUGGAUCCACCAGUCUAGUGAUAAAUGCAGGCAACACUCCACUAGUAAGGGUGGUAUAUUUAUUGAUAGGUGAACCACCCCAUAGUAAGUGGGAGGUUUCGGCAGUCACUCUAAGCACCCUGUUUUAAACUGGUGUAUGGGAUAAGAACAAACCACACAGAUCUGAAUGAGUGUUUUCUUAUUUGUGGAGCCUUUUCCUACUUAUUUGGGAGGGACUUUCUCCUGCUGAUUGCCUGUGAAUUGCUGCUGCAAUACAUUCAAAAGUCACGUUUUUAUAUAUAAAUAACUUCCUUCAAAUGCAUUAAAGCCAGUGGUUGUAAUGUUAUGAGUAGCAGAUUGUAGCCCAAAAUUUGGCUAUUUUAAAGAAAAAAAAUAAUCUCCACAAUUUAUACCUUUUUUUUUUUUUUUAAAGAAAUGUAACUUAAACAUCAUAAAACAUUUUCAAUUCUAUUGUUAAUUUUCCAUAAAAGUUUAGUGACUGCAUUGCUAAUUAAGCAGUUUGGUGGCUUGACAGCAGUUCAUAUAUUUUAGCAUAAAUCAUCACUUUUUGUUUUAUUUAUUUUUUAAUUAAAUUUUGCUAUUCUCCUAAAUCACCAAAAAUGUUUUUAUCGAUUUUAAGCCUGAUGGAGGAAGAUAUAUAUGUACAGAUGAUUGUAGUUAUUUUAUAUCUGCUUCUAGCAUGUGUUCAAGUACCGGUAAUAUGUUUGUUCUUAUGUUACAGGUUUCCCCUGAGGAUCGUAAUUCUCUCUGGGCCUUAACUACUUUUCAUGGAGCGGACUGUCAACUUAGUCUCAAUAAAAAAUGUACUCAUUUAAUUGUUCCUGAGCCAAAGGGGGUAAGGAUCAGUUGCAUUUUUUUUUUUUAUUUUAUGUGUGUGGUUUUCUAUUUAAAAAAAAAAAAAAAAAUCCUGUUAAACUAGGCUUAAAAUUACUAUUUGAAAGUUUAAUUUUCCUUAUAUAAUCCUAACAGGUACUCAGCUGAACUUAUUUUAAUUCAUAAACCUGUCCAAACAAUUACCAUGCAUCAGAGUGCAGUUUAAGUGCAGAAACCAUUAUAUUUAAAUGUAUAUAAACCUUGUAUAUGUCAAGACGUCUCUCCCUUCUAACUAUAUUUCUGAAAACUGAAAGUGCUUUUUUUUAUUUUUUUUAUUCCACUCCAAAAGUGCACUGUGUGUGUGUGUGUGUGUGUGUGUGUGUGUGUGUGUUUUCUUAGUUGGUGUGCGCAGAGAGUUUUUACUGAUCCAAAAUCUUGUGUGCACUGAAUGUUUGUGCAAAAGUAAACUUGAAAUUGUUUCUUGGUAAUUUUUGUACAGCACAGCCUCUCUCUCAUGGUUUAUAAAACUACAUUACAGUAUUACUAUGUGAUAAUGUAAUGUUAGUAGUUACACAGCAGUAUUACUGUACUGUCAGCCAUUCAGACAAGCCUCUCUGCUAAUGCCCAUUUUGGUAUGUAAGACAGUCCAUAAAAAGCAAUAGGAAGCAACUGGCAGACUAGGGUACAUCCAAUUAAAAGAGUUUUCCAUCCUGUUGCCUCUAUAUUUUGCCAAAAAAAGCUUCAGCCCCACCUUCAUCACAGUAAAUAGGCAAUUUAAUCCAUAAAAUAAAUUGACCUUUCCUUCAGCCAAAAGAUAACAUUGGUAGCUUGUUGACUGUAUUUGGGCAAGCGUGUUAAUUCCCCAGCUUGUCAGAAAAAGUGAAUGCAGUCCAAUAAAUGGUGAUCUAUACAUACUAAAUGUUUCUUACACAUAGAUCAAAUUCAGAUUACACAAUUAUAGCAAACCGUUUAUGGAGAGAUGUCAGGUCACCAAAGAAUUUGCAAAGUCAGCUCUGCCCAAUAAAUGGUGAUAUUUAUUAAUUAAGCAUUUAAGUUAUGAAUGCUUCUUAAAAACAAAAAUCUUCAUUUGAUGGGAUAUGUCCAAAGCACUCAGGUGAAACCAACAACCCAAUUCAGUGGAUACCAGUAGUAAACAUUAUAUGGAGAAAUGUAACCCAUAGAUUUUUCAAAAGUAGCUUUUUGCCUAUUAAUGCUUUUUUAACACACACGCAAUCUCACUGAUUUGAAACACUCAUUGACCGACUUACACAUGUACACAUUCUUGCGUACACACACACAUUCCAUUUAUUUAUUUUAGGCCCAUCCAGCCUUCAUACCUUUAGGACAGUUGGUGUAGUUGCUCUCACUGGGGUCCAGUUGGGAUUGUCUGCCUGGGAUUUAGUGCGGAAUGGAUCUUCCAUUUCCUCUCUGCUCCCUCAUGUACCCCAUAAGUUAUGUCAGGGCCACAGUCACCUCAUAUUCCGUCUCCUGACAUCACUGCACAGGGCGCGCAAGGGAGCAAAGAGGAACUGGAAACAUGUCAUCACUGAUCCCUCGCCACCCCUGCUGGAUGCCUUUUCUCUAUCUCCUGCUUCUUUCUGGGCCCCCUGUUACAGCCAUUGAACCGCUUCUCACGGGACGCACAAUCUUUUGGCGGAUGCUGCAAGGUGCUGUACACAGAUCGAAACCUCUGUGCGCUCCAUCGAGAAAUUGUGUACACGUGCUCGGAGGGAACAGUGCUUAUAAGCCAUCUUAAAUGUGCAGUGUUGGGAAGAAAAGGCCUGUGCUACUUAGGACAUGGUUGAGCAAGAAUAACCUUCACUGUGGAAGUCACUUACAUUAUUAAGUUGAGUACAGUGAGUAUGACAUGUUAGAAGGCAUUUCUUAUAUCGGAUUUUAACAUUAAUAAAUCAAUUAUUGCAAUUACAUGUUGCACAUCUUAAUUUUGUAAGUUAUAUGAGUGAUGUCACGGUUUUCCCUAUGUUGAGUUUUCGCAUAUGUACAUUGGUAGGGGCCUAAUAGGCUCGUAUCAGCCGUGGUGUUUUCGUUUAUCGUGACAAGCCCCAUAUAUUUAAAUAUAAAGGCCCUUGCUUCUUCUAUGUGUGCUGGGGCAUAAGGCUCCGUACCUUCUCUUUUGUAUUGUUAUCAGUGAUGGUCUAUACAGCUCUUCUUGUUCUGAUUGUGUAGUUGACAUGCUUUUUGAACAUAUAGGUUUGUGUUUUUCUUCAGUGGAAAGGUGCAAGCUCUGUCUAGCUAAUUUUCCACCUGGUGUCCUAAUAAAAUGUUCACUUUUAAUAGUUUUCAUAUUUUCUUUUUCUUUUAGCCUAACUGGCCUAGUCUCCUGCUGGCAAUGUAUCCACUACUAACCCUAGACAUGCCUUAUGAUAAAAAAAUAUAAAAUGCUUAUUUCUUUGUUAAGGAAAUACGUUAAAGUGAAACUUUAAUUAUAGUCACCUUACAAACGACUGUCUGUAUUUUGAGUAGCAUAGUCAUAGACUUGUUCCCUGAUCCAACUCUGGUCAAUAUUGUAGACUUUUUUUAUUAUUUUUUUGGUGACCUCGAGCACAUGCCUAUUCCAUCUUGGCAGUUAUGUUGCUAUCCAGUACUGGAGCAGGAUUUUAGUCAGUGGUGCGGUAGAAUCUUUUUUUUUUUUUUUUUUUUCUUCUUCUAGUGAAUUGAGGUUCUUAGAAGGGUUAAUCUUUAAUGUCUAACUUCUGGUUAGUGUUUGCUUUUUCUAUUUAGUAUUCUAACAUUGUCCAAAAUAACUCAAGCUUGAUCUAAAAGUUGUCUCAUUGCUUCUGAAUUAUAAAUUUUUGUUUUUCUUUGCUCUUCUUGAUGCUAGAUAUGUUUACUGUGGUAUUAAGUUGAUGUUAUUUCCCCCUGCUCCCUCCUCCCCCACCAUUUGAGCAUUUGUUUUUCUGUACUGAUCAUGAACUGUAUUUUCUAGUUUGCGCUCAAAAAAUAGUGAGCUUGGAUAAUCUUAGAGACAGUAACGAUUAAGCUUAAAGGAACACUCCAGGAUUAUAUUUUGAUAUAUAGUACAUUUUAUUUAUAGUGCCCCACUCCACCCCUCUCCCCAUUCUUGAUAAGUAUCAAGCUUUUCUCUGCUCUUAGCGCUCUCAUAUUCUCUGUUUUUGUUGCAUGUCUGCAGUUUACCCUGAUGGAUUGUAAGCAAAUUAUGUUGGCAACUGAAGUGAAACUCUUCUUAAAUUCUGCUAAUUGCCAAAGAUCAGUAUUCCCCUAUUUAUGUAUAACUAAGAAACAAAGUUACUGUUAAAUAAAAAAAAAAGGGGGGGGGUGGGGGGUCUAGAGGAAAAAAACAAACUUCAAAAUGAGAGCACUGCUUAUAGUUCACGUAAAAAAACCCAUAUAUGGAUAAACAUAAAGUACACAUUUCUAAAUACAUAUACAUUUUGGAAUGACUAUUUUUACAAUAAUUUACUUAUAUUAAAUUUAAAGGCACAGUAUAGGGUCAAAAACCCAAACCUGCAUGUCUGACCCUAUAGUGUUAAAACCCACAAUUUGUCCCAUCUGGCUCCCCUUUGCGCUCAUAAAUAUGGCAAAAGUUUACCUUUAUUCCAGUCUGCAGGUGCUGACUCUACCCCUGAUCUACUUCCUUGGCUGACGUCAUCAGAAUUGAUGACCACAGCCAAUCACAAUGCUUUCUUAUAGAACAGAGGCGGGCUAGAGGUCAGAGUAAAAUGCCGUCCUGGCCAAUCAGCAUCUCCUCAUAGAAAUUCAAUAAAUCAAUGCAUUUCUAUGUGUAAAGUUCAGUGUCUCCAUGCAGAGGGUGGAGACACUGAAUGUGAAUGCUGCACACUGUGCACCACCUCCCCAGGAAGCACAUCUAGUAGCCAUCUGAGGAGUGGCCACUGGAGGUGUCCAUAGGAUUUUAGAUAACCAUUGUCUUUUCUCUGAAAAGGCUGUGUUUACAUUGAAAAGCUAGUAGGGACUGACUAUAAUUACCAGAACAAGUGCAAUAAGCUGUAGAUGUUCUAGUGACUAUAGUAUUAGUUUUUAGAAAACCUGCAGGAGAUGAAAAAGUAGCUGUUCGAUUACUUGCUUUUUUUUGCUGCAUUCAAAACCCCAGGCAGCCAAUCAGAUAUGGUUUUUAUUUAAAAUUGUUGGAUAAUUGUCACCAAUCACUCAUUUUAUUAAACUGUUUGUUUUUUAAAAAUAGACUUGCACUAGUAAAAUGCAUAACCAGUAAGUUCCAUAACCUUUAGGUAUACAUAUGUCUUUUGUUAGAGAUUGCACACUCAUACAAGUCUAUGUUAAAGGAACUUGCCAUUGGGAAAAAAUAAGCACUAUUUAAUAGUUAUACCCAAAAUGAAGACACACAUGCUUUUAAUUCUACAUUUUUCCUUUGGGGUAUAUAUAGAUACAGAUUGUCUGUCUGCAGCCACGGCAGUCCCUCUCCUUCUCUCCUCUUUCCCCAGCCCUUUAAUAAGCCAAUCAUGCUUCUCGUUGACAAGUCUCUGUACUGGAGUUACAAGUAUGCACGCAAAUGUGGCUUUCCAAUGCUUCUCAAUAAACUCAAGAGAAGGGGGGAAGUCAGCAACUCACCAGCCAGGGUGCCUGCCAAUUCUGUUAGUACAGUGAAGCUAACAUCUGUCUGCCUGACAGCUAGGGAGGUGUUUAUGCCCCCAGUUACAAAAGUGCUGAUUUCUAUGGAAACUGGCACUUUAUAUAAACUGUCACAAAUAUGACAGACUCCUGACUUUUGAAGUAUUUCAACAAGCUAAAGUGCUUUAUGUGCACUCUACAAGCUAAAGUUUCAUUAAAAAACACGAAUCAUGCUUUUUUCACAAGUUAAUAAUGUCACCCUGAAAGUUAUGUAAUGCAUGUUGCUUACACAUUUGCACAGCAGCUAUAAGAGUUCUAAUGGAAAGCUAUGGACAACUGUGCUAUUGUAGCAAGUAGAGAAUGCUAAAAAAACGGGAAGGAAGGAAGGACAGAAGAGGUUGGGAUAAGGUGUAUUUCAAUUAUUUUUCUAUACAGAUUAAUGCUAAUUUUAAAUAAAUUGUUAUUUAUAUAAGCACACCCUGCCUUGUCAUGUAGUGUCACUUUAAAGUGUUGCUAUUCAUUUAAUGUCCCUUUAAAGCAAUACAUUCAGAAUUUGUGUUGGGAAUAUAGUGGCCAAUUGUUGAUGUGUUUCCUGUUUUAUUACUACCAUUUUAAAUGUAUGCUGUUAUGUUUUUAACUUGAUGUGCUAGUGAUUUCUUCUCCUCAUGUAAAAUUGAAGAAAGUUACAUGUUGUUAGGCCUUCUAAAAUGUUUUAUUCAGUGUUAGAAAUAUGAUGCACUCUAAUAAAUGUCUUUGCUUGUUUUUUAGAGUAAGUAUGAAUAUGCUUAUCAACGAGAAAGCAUAAAAAUUGUUACUCCGGACUGGGUCUUGGACUCUAUAUCUGACAAAGCAAAAAAAGAUGAAGCUCCGUACCACCCUCGUCUAAUAGUCUAUGAAGAGGAGGAGGAUGAAGAUGCAUUAAAUGAAGACCAAGACUCUCAAAAUGCUAGUGGAGAAGAGGAUAGAUAUUCAUCUAAAUCCAGCCCAGUUAGUUCACGUGAAGGUUCUCCAGUAAGCAAUGUAGAGUUUUCUCCAAAACGCAGUUCCAAAGACAAAACAAAAGGUGAACUGAUGUUUGAUGAUUCCUCUGACUCCUCCCCUGAAAAACCAGAAAGAAAUUUAAACUGGACGCCUGCAGAGGUUCCACAGGUGAAUGCUGCCAAGCGAAGACUUCCGCAGGGCAAGGAUUCUGGACUGAUUAAUUUGUGUGCAAAUGUUCCACCUGUGCCAGGAAAUAUAUUGCCUCCUGAUGGCCGCAGCAACUUACUGUCUUCGGUCCCUGGAACGCCAGCUCCGGAAAGGCCUGAUAUAAUGUCUUUUCGUAGUCCUGCAGUGAGGACACUUAGGAAUAUCACUAAUAAUGCAGACAUACAGCAAAUUAAUCGACCGUCAAAUGUAGCACAGGUAAACUUUUGUUUGUGUUUAUGUAUUCAAUCCGCCAAAUGUCUAUUUUGUUUUAUAAAAUUGCUUUGGUUCUAAAUUCUCUGGUUACAGUACAUGUACAUAUCUUAGACCUGCAGUUUUUAGGUUUUGUUCAGCCUUGGAGCAAUAAUGCAGAAGUGUACAUUUUGUAGUUUGAUAGGAGCUGAAUAGGGCUAGACUCUGCAUGCUGGAAAGGCCCUUUCCAUACCGUUACUGAAAGGUUUGACAAAGAGCCAGUGAAAGGCUACCAGAGACUACACAGAGAAACACCUCACUGAUUUGUAGUGGUUAUGUUGCCUUGAGUGCCCUUUUAGGAUGGGAUAUAAUAAAUCCUUAGUAUUGAGAGACAACUCUCUUGCUUUGUUUUGCUUUUAGAAUCCAAUAUUAUUAUAUAUCUGUAUUAGGAUUAUCAGGAAUGUGUACUGUUUGCUUUGUCAUGUUUGUUACACCUCAGAGGGUAGUGUAUGGAGUGAGAAAAUCUAAUUGUUUGGUGUAAUAACAAUAUGCAGUAUAUACAUUUUGUAUAGGAAAGCAUCAUGGACUGUAGAAAAACACAGAAUUACUAAAUACAUAGGGGAUGGGACAAAGACUUUGGGAAACUGAGGGGAAAAAAAUAAGUGUUGGUUGAUAUGCUUCUGUAAAGUAGUAUGGUUUUAUUUCUUUUUGGAAUUUCUUGAAAGACUGGACUGUAGCGCAUGGAUGGUUUUGUGUAAAAGACAUAUUAUAGGCAAUACUCAGGGUUUUGAAAGCAAGUAGAUGACCGAUUCUGUCUGUUGGGGUGUACUUGUUGAUUGGUGGUGAUCUGGAGUGGAGCACAAUAAUGGAAAAUGUUUGUACUUAUUAUGAUGUUUUAUUUAAAAUCUUCGAUUCUGUUUUGUUUUAGAUUUUGCAAACCUUGUCGGCUUCUACCAAAGGUUUAGAGCACCAAGUUAAUCACCCACAGCAAGGGCAUCCAAAUUCUGUGUUGUUCAGCCAAGUGAAGUCCUUAACGCCAGAGAAUCAACAAUUGUUGCAACAGUCCCAUCAAAAUCAACAACAACAACAGCACCAUCCUCUAGUGCAACUCCAACCUCAACAACUUCUACAACUGCAACAGCAACAACAGCAGCAGCAAAUGAAUCAACAGGCUUUCCCUCAGCAUCAGUUUCCACAAGCUAACCAACAACACCAUUUCACACAACUGCAGUUUUCUCAGCAGCAGUUACUUCGUCCACAGCAACAAACAAUUCAACACUUCCAGCAACAGCAUGCACUACAGCAACAACUUCAUCAAUUACAGCAGCAGCAUUUGCAACAGCAACAGCAGCAGCAACAGCAGCAGACCUUGCAGCAGAAUCUACAACAUCAAACACUUCAGCAGCAGAACCUUCAACAAAUCCUUCAACAUCAGCAAAAUCUUCAGCAAACUCCACAGCAGCAACAGACACUUCAGCCGCCUAUUCAGCAGCAACAGACACUUCAGCAGAAUAUGCAGCAACAAGCUCUGCAUUCAACAAUUCAGCAGCAGCAAGCCUUACAGACAACCAUUCAACAACAGCAACAACAACAAAAUCUUCAGCCUGGAAUCCAGCAGCAGAAUCUUCAGCAAAGUAUACAACAGAUUCAGCAACAACAGAACAUACAGCAGAUGCAACAUUUGACGCUUCAGCAAAAGCAGCAAAUUCAGCAGCAUUCUCUACAGCAGCAGCAAAUUCAACCACAUACUCUGCAGCAGCAGCAGCAAGUCCAGACACAUGCCUUACAGCAGCAGCCGCCGCAGCCGCAGCAAAUACAAACUCAGACCUUACAACAACAGCAACUUCAAGUGCAGACUUUGCAGCAGCUCCAGCCCCAAACUUUGCAACAGCAUCAGAUUCAGACCCAAACACUUCAACAGCAACAUCAGAUUCAGGGGCCGACUCUACAGCAGCCACCGCAUACAAUUCUGUCCCAGAGCCUUCCUCAGCAGCAUCACAUACAACCUCAAAAUCAGCAGCAGCAGCAACAUCAAAUACAAGCACAACUGCAACAGACUCAUCAAAUACAGUCACAGAAUCUUCAGCAUCAGAUCCAGGCACAGGCUCAUCAGCAGCAUCAAAUUCCACCUCAGAUGUUGCAGCAGCAUCAACUUCAGCAGCAGAGUCUCCAGCUACAGCAACAGCAAAUAAAACAUCAGACACUUCAGCAACAGCAAAUGCAGCAACAGCAAAUGCAGCAGCAGCAAAUUCAGCAACAGCAGCAACAGCAAAUUCAGCAGCAACAACAACAGCAAAUUCAGCAGCAGCAGAUCCAACAACCUCAAAUUCAGCAGCAACAAACACUGCAGGCCCCGCAGAUUCAACAGGUGUCAAUCCAGCACCAACAGAUACAGCAGGUUCAACAGCAGAAGCCUAACUUGCAGCAGCUGCAACAGCAGCUUCAACAGCAGCAACUACAGCGCUUACAGCAGCAACGCCAACUGCAAAAUCAGACCCAGCAGCAGCAGCUGAAUCAGAUGUCUCAGCAGUUGCACAAUCAGAUUAUCAAUCAUCAAACACCGCAAUCACAUCAGCUGCAUGGGCAUGAUCCAUCCAUAGAAAGUGAGUUAAAUAUUUAGAGUAUAUAACUGGAAAAUGAUUGCUUUAAAGAAACACUCCACGCACAGUGACCACUAUAGCCUGCUCUAGUAGUUAUGGUGCCUAAAGUGCCUUGGUUUCUGUCCCAUGGUAAAUCAAGUGGUUUAGUACUGUUUGACAACGUACCUGAGUCUUGCCAGGUGCCCGCUGCUGCAUUGCCUGCAUCCAGUUUUCUCUAAAGAGCAAAGCUGGUCCAUGCAGAACUGUCUCAGCCAAUAAGCAGCAAGCUACAGCCGUUAUGGUGCUUCAAGCUUUUAACCCAUUAUUUUGAUAUAUGCAUCUGCAUAUAUCAAAAAAAGAUUUAAAAGGCUUUACAAGAUACAGCAUUUUAAACAAUUAUUAUGCUAUAUGCAGAUGCAUUUAUCAGUGCUUGUUAAUACGUAAAGGGACACUAUAGUCACCAGAUCAACUACAGCUUAUUGUAUUUGUUCUGGUGAGUAUAAUCCAUCCCUUCAAGGUUUUUGCAUUAAACAGUAUCUUUUCAGAGAAAAUGCAGUGUUUACAUUACAGCCUAGGGAUACCUCCACUGGCCACUCCUCGGAGAGGAGAUGCUUUCUUGGGCAGUGCUGCACAGUGUGACUGCCAUUCAAUGACUCCUCCUUCUGCAUGGAGACACUGAACUUUCCUCAUAGACACAUUUCUAUGAGGAGAUGCUGAUUGGCCAGGGCUGUGUUUGGCUUGUGCUGGUUCUACCCCUGAUCUGCCUUCUUGACAAGCUCAGCCAUGUCAAGAAAACAUUGUGAUUGGCCCAGAUCACCACUUCUGAUUAUGUCAGACAAGCAGGCAGGUCAGGGGCAGAGUCAGUAGCAACAGAUUGGAUUAAGGGUAAGAUUAUACUAUAUUUAGGGGACCAGAGGGGGAUAGAUGGGGGUUUUAACUCUAGAGGGUCAGGAAUACAUGGUUGUGUUCCUGACACUAUAGUGUUCCUUCAAGCUCUACUAAUCAUCCCUUUAGCAAGAGCAUCCCACAAUCCCAUAAGUGUGCCUGUCUUAAUUAAUGGUGGUAUCUUAACAUUGUGCACAGCGGACACCUGGAUGUAAGCUUAAAGGAACCUGUAUUCCUGCCACUAUUGUCCUGAAUUGACUGUUAAGGUGACCUAUUGGGCUGGGAUAGAUUCUUAAUAGUUGGAUAGAUAAAAGGAUUCUGUUACUAAUGCUGCAUGUCUCACUGGAUUCUGGCUCUCUUUGUUUUUGUUUUUUUGUAAUGUAAUCGAUAUCCGUCUUUUUACAAGUGUUCAAAUAUGUUCUUAUAUCCCACAUCAUUUCUGUUUUAUAGUUCCUGAAGACUAUUUUUUGUUGGGAUGUGUGUUUGCAAUUGCUGACUAUCCUGAACAGAUGUCUGAUAAACAACUACUUGCAACCUGGAAAAGGGUAAGACUUCUCUAAGUUAGCUGUGAUUUCAUUGACUACUUAGACUUAAAUUUCAACAUUCACAUUUCAAUUCCGUUUGUAACCCUGGUGAUUGUUUCUCUUUAUCUAUCAUUUAGUGGUGUUCAUGUUUCUCAUGAGAGAAUCCUUAUAUUCACAUGUACAGGAACAAGAGCUGCAAAACAUGGCAUUUGACAUUCUGAAAAUGCAUUCUAUAAUGUUUGCAAAUACAUGUUGUUAAAACAUUCCACACACUGAUAUCUGUAAAUGUAAUGUCCAUCAAGCAUGUGACACAGUUCACCUUUGUAUUCUUCAUUCUAUAUCUAUGGCAUUUAAGUCUCAUUCUCUAAGUUCUAAAGAGAAAGGAAACAGGCAUUAAGUACAUUUAUAUAUGAACAUUGUAGAACACCAGGAGAGAUUCAGUUGGCAUAUUUCAUAUUCCGUAAUGUAACACUUUGCACUGGAGAAUUACAUUACACCAUUAAAUUGAGCUCUGUUCGAAAUGUCAUUUGUGUAUGUAUAUAUAAAAUAUAUUCUCUCUCUUUCAAGAUAAUUCAAACUCAUGGUGGCACAGUUGACCCUACCCUUACAAAUCGCUGUACUCAUCUGCUGUGUGAAAGCCAAGUUAGCAGCAUGUAUGCCCAGGUGGGUGGAAUGUCUACACUUCAUUUUGCAUGUUGUUCCUAAAAUAAAAACCUUAUUACAGCACACAGUAAGCUGUUACACUGUAUCUAGUUUUGUAAGAUACUUUAGCAGCCCCAAUAAAGAAAAUGUUCAAAAAAUGAAUCCCCCCUUUUCCUUACUCGGAUUUGUGUGCAGAGUCGCCUUACAAACAAGCACCAAUGAGAUUUUACCACCCUGUUUUUAUGCAUUGUUUAGACAACGCAUCAAAUGAAGAGAAUAAUGGACUUCUGUGCAACACUUGUUGUGAUUUCUGGUUGGUGGUUCACAUACUUUAACCUCCUCUUGUAUUUAUGCAUUGAUAUGUGUUGUCUUCUUAUUCUGCUUAUCGAAUAUUGGGAAUUCUGUACAUCCCUGCAGUCACGAAAUGAGUGGGGCUCUCAAUUGUAAAAUACUUGAACAGGUUGUUAUAAGGUUCUAGCCAGUGCUUAGUUCCUUAGGUGUUACAGAAUUUCACAUAUAAGUGCUUCUCCUAUACACCAGUAUAUGUAAAGACACUUGUUCAAACCGCAUAUGUUUGCUUUGACAUAUUGUUUUAUAUAUUGAGCUUGGAAGAAUGAGAUGAAAUCGAGCUAUGGUGAAUUUAUUGUUUAGCUUUUGUUUCUUCCUUUUCCUUUAUGGUGGUGUCAGGUCCAUGUUGUUCUGCGGCUGUGAGCUAACUUAAACUCCAUAUUCUUACUCCCAUUCAGCCUUAAGGGUUUGUAUCUUAUUGAAUUAAAAAUAAAGUGGGAUUUUUAGAUUGUGUUCCAAGUCUUAUCCAAUUAAAAUUUCUGUUCAUCCACUUAUUUAACAUGACAUAACAUGUAUAUUUCUGGUUCACAGGCUAUGAAAGAAAGGAAGCGCUGUAUAACUGCUCACUGGCUGAAUUCUGUUUUAAAAAAGAAGAAAAUGAUCCCUCCCCAUCGAGCUCUGCAUUUUCCUGUAGCAUUCCCACCAGGAGGGAAGCCCUGUUCUCAGCAUGUAAGGAGGUUUGAUUUUGGGCUACAGUUAUUUUUUAAAAUGUCAGCAGCCAUUAACAGAAAUAGUUUUUUAUUAAAGAUGUAUUCUUCGUUCUAGGGAAUUAUUCAUGUAAAACAAAUAAUUUAAUACUUAAUGUUGUGUGGCUAAGUUUUUUUUUUUAUUUUUUAUUUUUUUUUAUUUUUUUUUAUCUCUUCCCCAGCAAUUAUUGCAGUUAGAGUUUUCUGUUCAGGGAAUAUAAUUACCAGCGUCACCCGACCAACUAUUCUUGAUUUCCUACUUGCAUGUUAUUUUUUAGUUAUCUCUAUAUUUUUUUGCGCAUUUUAUAAUAAGUACAGGAAAUAACAAGGGGAGCUAAAUGACUGUCAAAUCGAAUAAAUGCUAUAGUGGCUGUGUGUAAACUAGUCUGUAUAAAUCCAUUUUGGUUAUAAUUUUUUAUUUUUUUUUCAUAUUCUGCAGCAUUAGAUGUUGCUUCCCUCGGCACCAGUUUAUGUACACUGGUGGUUAUUGUUUCAGUUAUAUUUCUGUGGGUUUUUUUUUUUCUUUUUUCUUGAGAAAAUGUUUCUAGCAGUUUUUAUUUAUGUAUUGUUGACACAAUCAUGCGAUUGGAGUAGAAAAAUAUCUGUUCUUGUCUUCUAAGAUCAUUUCAGUGACUGGGUUUGUUGACAGUGACCGAGAUGACCUGAAGUUAAUGGCCUACUUGGCAGGCUCAAAGUAUACUGGAUAUCUGUGCCGCAGUAACACUGUUCUCAUCUGUAAGGAGUAAGUGAUGGAUUUUUGUCUUCUCUAUGAUCUCUUUUACCUGGAGGCCUUCAUACAGAAAGCACUCUUGAUAAAAUAUGCUUUCAUACUAGUCUCUUAAGGGAGUUCUGACAUGAAAAGUUAGAGGUAGAUGUUGUGUAGCACAGAACUGAGUAGUAGUUUAGUGUUGGAAACAAAAGCUUGCGUUUUGUGAGUAUUCUACUUCUUUUCCAAUUACCUGAUAAAUGUGUGUGUGUUUGUUCUCAGGUAAAACUAUUUACUAUGGAUUUUCUUCCACUUACCAAGUACUCAGAGGUCUGUUUGUUAAUGAGGAACCGCUAUAUUUCUAAAGAGAUAAUGUUUUAAAAGCAGAAUAAAAUGUAAAAAGAAAUAAAAUAAUCAUUACAAACGUUGACAUGUCAAGGUUGUUAUCUAACUUUCCUACUGGGAGACAUUUGAAGUUUGAUCAGGAUUCUGGGUUUAGCACUGCAUAUUUCCCUCCCAUUCAUGUAUGUACUGGAUUGAUUUUAGUUUUACGUUGCAUAAUACGUUGCAAAGUAAAAAUAAACGUUUAUCUUCACUCUAGUCUUUACCUAAUCCUUUUAAAGGAUGCGUCAAUAAAUGGAAAUAAUAUAGUAAAUGUACUUUCUUAUUAUAGACAAAGUUUCAUUUUUGUCCAAAGUUUAUGUUGUAAAUUUUUCUUCCAUGUAUGAAUCAAACUUUCUAAUGGCUUAUAUAGACUAUAGAUUAAAAAAAUUAUUGUGUAAAUUAUCUGCUUCUUCUAGACUUAAAAGAGGCUACACCAAUAAUUCUGGUCUGUGUAUUGUUUCCUUAUAUCAUAAACAAAAUAAUAUCAGGAAGUAUUACUUUACUGAGAGGGUAGUGGAUGCAUGGAAUAGCCUUCCAGCUGAAGUGGUAGUGGUUAACACAGUAAAGGAGUUUAAACAUGUGUGGGAUAGGCAUAUGGCUAUCCUAACUAUAAGAUAAGGCCAGGUACUAAUGAAAGUACUUAGAAAAUUGGGCAGAAUAGAUGGGCCGAAUGGUUCUUAUUUGCCGUCACAUUCUAUGUUUCUAUAUGUUUCUGUUACAUAAACUGGUGUUUCUGGUAUAAAUAGUUAAGGCAUCCACAGCCACAUUUUCUCUCAUCAGAUCUGGUAGAGCUGCUGUUCUUCUCAUCAGAUCUGAGUGUAAUUUCUCAUUAAGCCAAUAAAGCAGAUUUUUCUCUUCUAAAAGGUCAACAUGAGUUGAGUGCUAUAACAGUUUAAUCCUGAUUUGUUGAUAUUACACUCACAUCUUCAGGCAGAUUUUUUCAAAGUGAUCAGGUCAACCCCUUAAGGACUGAGCCAAUGUACAAGUUGUGAUCAAAUCAAAACUUAAACAAAACCUUGAAUUUGUGCUAUAUAUCUGUUCAGGCGUAAUUCACCUCGUUCAAAUUAUGUGUACCCACACUUAUCAUAUAUCAUUUUGUUCAGGAGAAACAGGGUUUUCAUGUCACUUCGCAUAACUUUAAUAUGAAUAAUAUAUAAAAUUCAGGCAGACCCCAGGAUCGCGACUGCCGUCGGGGGGACGGCAGGGACACGCUAAGUACAAAGGGCGGCGGGACGUUCUAUGCUGCCUGUCGGCAUUUAGGACCACCCCAAAAAGGACAGCAUAGAAUGCCUGCUGUCCUUAAGGGGUUAAAUGUAGGAGUGGGUGGGAGGUAACUAGACUGUAAGCUCGUUUGAGCAGGGCCCCCAUCUACCUAUUGUUUCUGUGUCACUGUGUAAUUGUCUCAUUUAUUGUAAAUUUCCCCCUUUCAUAAUAUUGUAAAGCGCUGCAGAAUUAGUUGGCGCUAUAUAAAUGCCAAUAAUAAUAAAAAGUGUUCCUGCAGCCUUGCUGGGAGAAACCCUACGUAGAAUUUAGUGAGACUGAAAAGGAAAUAAAUCAGAAAUCCCAUAUAUUCUGUGAGAAUAAAAGACACUUAUCUCCACUUUAAAUCAAAGCUAUUUCAUGCCGUCCUCACAAUCUGUGAAUUAAAUGCCUUUGCCAAUGUAAAAUAGCAUCCCUGAGAGGAAGCUAAAUAAGCUCCUAAUGUGCUUAAAAGAUAGAUAUUUCAUCUGUGCGUGGAGACAUGUGAUCUUUUAGAAAUCGAUGCUUUCUACAUCGAUUAAUAUAUUGUCACUUUGUUAUUCAAUUGAAUUUAUGCAUCAACGUAAAAAUGUAAGCUGUAUCCUGAUUGGGGUAAAAACACAAAGAAUCCGGUGAGAAAUAUAAUUUGACUUCAUAUUCUUGUCACAGGCAUGAAACUACAUACUGGCGUAUAAACCUCUAGUAGACCUCUGUGCUGCAAUAUUUCUACAAAUACAUAGUAUUUUAUACUCCUCUAAAACUUGUUUCAGCAGUAAUAUCGUUUAAAGAGGUUAUGCAUUUUUGAUGCAUUCCAUUCAGAGUAAAAGAAAGGUGUAAAAACUUUCUCCUUAACACAUUAAAGGACCACUAUAGGCACCCAGACUACUUCAGCUUAAUGAAGUGGUCUGGGUGCCAGGUCCAGCUAGGAUUAACCCUUUUUUCUAUAAACAUAGCUGUUUCAGAGAAACUGCUAUGUUUAUAAAUGGGUUAAUCCAGCCCCUAGUGGCUGUCUCAUUGACAGCUGCUAGAGGGUUUCCGCGCUUCUCACUGUGAUUUUCACAGUGAGAAGACGCCAGCGUCCAUAGGAAAGCAUUUGUGAUUGCUUUCCCAUGGACUGGCUGAAUGCGCGCACAGCUCCUGCCACGCAUGCGCAUUCAGCCGAAGAGGAGGCGGAGCAGGAGAGCUCCCCGUCCGGCGCUGGAGAAAGAGGUAAGUUUAACCCCUUCCUCACCCUAGAGCCCGGCGUGAGGGGGACCCUAAGGGUGGGGGCACCCUCAGGGCACUACAGUGCCAGGAAAACGAGUGUUUUUUCCUGGCACUAUAGUGGUCCUUUAAGGUUGGGAGUGAGGCUUGAAUUAUAAGCAGUCAUAAGGGUCCAUUUCAGAAAUGUUAUGAGUAUUUUCUAAAGUUGUCUCUUUCUUUUAACAGAAAUGCAACUUUUUGUAAGUAAUUUCACUUGACAGUCAUUGCCUUUGUUAGUCACCUGUGUAAAUUCUCAUUAUUUUUUUUUAUUUUUUUUUUUAUUCAGACCUGGUGGUUUAAAAUAUGAGAAAGCUAAGGAAUGGAGGAUACCUUGUGUCAACGCACUUUGGCUUUGUGAUAUUCUUCUCGGGAAUUUUGAGGCUUUGCGUCAGAUACAGCACAGCCGGUACACAGUAUUUAAUCUUCAAGACCCACUGGCGCCUUCAUCUCAUCUUGUUUCAAACCUUCUCGGUAAGUUCUCUGCAUUUUUUUAAUUAUAUUUUGCAGAGUUUUCUGUCAUAAAAAGACUUUGGAAAUUGCUAUUUAAAUAGCAUCUCUUGGGUAAAAGUGGUGCCAUCAUCAUACAUUCCAUUCCACUGUUAACACCAUGUUCCACAAUUAUUCGUUUUGAUGUGACACUGUUUCUAACUUGGUCUGUGCCAGCUUAAGUAAAGAUGUCCUUUUGUAGGGGUGGAAUUGCAUCCUUUUUUUCCUACCUUUGCUCAAAGUGGCUUACUAGCACAGCCUUGUGCUUCUCAGAGCAAAAGGUAUGUAGUAUUUGCUUUGUACUUAUGACAGAUGUUAGCCAAACUACAAGUUGCUUUCUAAUGAUGUAAACGGCUGCUUGUAAAAACAUUGUUGGUUGGGAGGAACCUUUAGGGGACUGUGACGUAUGUCGGCUACAGUAACGUGCAGUUAGGGGGUAAUUUAGAAUGGAUAAGAUGAGCAGAAGUCAUGGUUAAGAUGUGAAGGAAUGCUUCAAACAGUGAUAGAAAAUUUUAUAGCUUUUGCUCUAAAUAAAUACUUUUCUUUUUUAGCUUUCUCAGUUGUGUAUCUUUUUGCAAAUAAAGUUUUUUUGCGUCAUUCUGCAUCUGCAUUUUUUUAUUUUGUAUCUGCUUUAACUUUGUUUUUGUUUUUUUGUUUUUGUUUUUUUACGUAAAGAUGCUUGGAGAAUUCCAUUAAAGGUGUCAUCAGAACUCCUUAUGGUAUGUACUUUAAUGAUGUUAUUCUUAUCUAUAAGCUUAAACGAAUGUUACUCUUUAUACGGUUGAUUCACCUACACUGCUCUAACUUUUCAACGUCUAUGGGUUAGAUCAUCUUUUUAUAAAUGUACAUCUUCAACCUAGUUUACUUUUAUUUGUUUCUACAUUUAUGUUGUGAUGAGAGGAAAAAAAAUUGAGAGAGGGCUGCAGUUGUCCUGAAAGAACAGCUCUGCUUGUGGGCAUGGUUCUUCCCUCUUCGAGCGGUGGAAUACAUGCUGGUUGCCUGUGUUCCACACUUGUAUAACUUCCGUCCAGGUGCCAGAAGGGUGUGGGAGUGCGAAGGCGCACUGCUGUGAGGUCCUUAACGUGAACUGCACGUACCAGUUAUGAUGCGUUCCACCUAGAGGUUGCAGUGCACUACUUUGGCACCAAUUUCAUUCAAGAAGGACAUGGUGGAGGCAGGCCCUGACUCCCAGGGUGGCCGAAUGUGUUUCUGAGCGCAAAAAUAAAGUUAAAAUCGUAUAUAAGCUUACUGGAAACAGACUGGUGAACUUACCGCAAAAAACUCCAGAAGAUCUUCAAAUUUCAGGGCUCUCUUAAAUUUCAAACGUCUUCUUCUCCAUCAUGUGCAGGUUCACUCAGACAAUGUAACUGCAGUGUCCUACAUCGACAGGCAGGAAAUAACACAUUACACUUCUCUAGAGAAGAACCUUUGCUCAAAUAUCAUAAUAUGGAUAGAAUUUCAUCCUCAUUCUUUUACAGCAGUCCACAUCAAAGGGAAGAGCAACUGUCUAGCUGAUUGAUGCUCUAGGCCAAAAUCAUCUAAAGCGGGGAGAUUAGUUGCUUUCAUCUCAGACAUUUCUGCUAGCAGUUAAUCUAUUUGGAGAAGCACAAAUAGACCUCAAAUCUAGUUGCACCUUGCCUCCUGAGAUUUCUACAAAUGGGAUUUGGUAUAAGUUUAUGACCUGCUACUCUCUGUGUUAAAGUCUGUGCAAUCAGUUUUUAUUCCAUCAUCGAUUUGGUGUCGGAUCCCUUGGUGGACAGAUUCUUCAGAGCAGUUAUCAACUUGCUUCCUACUAUCUGUGAACUCUUCUCCUUGGGAUCUUAAUUUAGUUCAAUCAGCCCUCUGCGAACCUCCAUUUAAAUAAUUACAGGAUUGCCAUUGAAAGAUUUUAACCAGGAAAACAGUGUUCCUGAUCACGAUUACAUUUGCUAAACUUCUAGGUAAACUUCUAGCUUUGUCUGCCUAUCCUCCUGAUCUAACUUUCCAUUUGGAUAAGGUGGUUUUAAAGCUUUAUCCUUCUUUUCUUCCUAAAGUGGCUUCAGCAGACAAGAUGAACCAGGAAAUAAUAUUGCCUGCCUUUUGUCAAAAUGCACAAAAAAUGAGGUCUAGUACGAUAGUAAUGUUUGUAAAUGUAAGCAUAUGAAUCUGUAUGUUAAAGCUACAGAUGAUGUUGACGUUUAAAUGUAAAAAUAUAAUGAAUAUAGAUAACCUGAGAUGGUAAUUUAUACGUAUGUAAAAUUAAAGCAUUUAUGUCAAGGAAUAUUCAACAGCAAAUGAAGCGAAUGUUUAUAUAUAAACCUGGAAAAAUGUAAAAAAGAUAAUAUUAAAAAAAAAAAAAUACACAAAAUCCCAAGGACAGAAAAUUCCAAUGUUUGGAUGUUUAAUGAACUCUUCUGUUACUUGGAAAAAAAUAAGAAAAUCAGAUGCUUAGAUCACUUGUUUGUCCUCUACCAGGGCCAGAUGGAUCAAGGAAGCAAUCUCUCUUGCCUACAAACCUUCUGACAUAACUCCUCUACAUCUUAAAGAUCAUUCCACCAAAGCUGUGUCUACUUCAUGGGCAUCAAAAGCCUUUGCUACAGAUUUGCAAAGCUGCCACAUGUUUUUAAACUCACACCUUUUCAAAGCAAUACAGAUUAGACAUACAGCCCUCCAUGGGUACUUUUGGGUGCAAGAUGCUUUAAGCAGUGGUAAAGUGAAAACAUCCUACCAUUUAAGAUUGCAUGUUCAUCCCUCUUGUUGCACUGCCUCUAUUUUGGAAGGAAAUAACCUUUUUAUUUGUUGUAAAUGUCACUUUACUUAAGAUUAGAGGCAGUGCACUUCCAAUUCCCUCCCUAUUUAAUUAAAUGUGCUUGAGUUUGGGUUGUGUGUUUUGAGGUUUUUAUAAUACAUGAGGAUGAUUAGGAUAAGCUUGAUCUCCGUCUUUAAUUUUUUUUAAAUGUAUUUAUUUUACAUUUCUAUCUGCUCUUUUUCUUCUGAUCGCAAUGCUGAUAUCCCUCUUCUUGCACUGCCUCUAUUUUCUAUUAUGAUAAAUAAAAUUUGUCUUUUUUUUUUUUUUUGUUACUCACAAACGUCCAUAGUAACACCGCUUCCAGAGAUCAUUUUGGCUGUAACUGUUGUAGUGCCUUACUUCGUCCUGUAGAAUGACAGAGUUUAUACGAGUGAAUGUUUGAUUUUUGUACAAUUUCAGUUAGUAUGUGGUUUGAAAGCACAUUGACAAAUGUUUUCCUGAAUUUUUAGAGCACACACUUAUCCAUCAAUCAACACAGCAUCUUUUGAAAACCUCAAGAAUUAAUUUAGUUGUUAGGAUAUACAUAAAAAAAUAAAAAGAUAACCUAAAAUAUUUCUUUUUGAAGGUACCUGUUCUCAAAGGUACAAGAGAGAUAAAGAAAAGCUAAACAAACUGAAUACAGUAAUAAGAGGAAGCACACCUGAUAGUAGAGGGAUCCUGCCAAACCUCUAAGGAAACCAGAACAAGUAAACACAGAAUUCAGGUAGCGCCAAGAAUAAAAUACUCAAAAUAAAAACAAUAAGAUGCACAAAAAGAUCUAAAAACAAAGUCGCCCAUAAAACCUUUAUGGUAAUAAAUAUCUAAUGGUAAGUCACAGUCUUAGAGGUAACAACACAUCUUCUAGUUCUUGUACGGUACUUAUUGGAUAACUCCACUCGAUAGCCGCAUAUGGAAUAAAAAGCUAAAACAGAGGCGAACCAAUAGUGUAAGUUUGUUGUAAAUAGUAGAACAAACAACACUUAGAACAGUUGUCAACUCACAUGUAGUAGAGCUAUAACCCUUAAUAUUCCCUUUUAUUCCAGAAGUUGGAUCCUUAAGGGGUUAAAAUGAGCAGACUAUGUUUCAAGUGUGUUUGCAUUAAAAUGCUUGAAGGCACUGAUUGUACUCACCAGAACAACUACAUUAAGCUGUAGUUGUUCUGGUGACUAUAAUGCCCCUUUAAUGUACAUCUAGAUCAGAUUGUUUCUUUGUAGUGUAAUGGUUGGAUAUGGAUUCAGCUACACACUUUUUUUGGAUUCCUUUGUAGAUUGACCCAUGGGUUAAUUUAAUAGAUUCGAUAUUGAUAUUAUUUUUAACAGUGAAACAAGGGCAAUAGUAAUAUCUGGGUGUAAUAUCUGUUUAUACCACUGUUAAUCCUGAAGACGUCACCUUAAAUUACAAGGUGGAGCGAUAUAGGGUUUAACACAAUGCAAUUAGUGCUUAUUGUAUUGAAAGCUAUGAAUCUUCUUCUUUUCAGAGAAUGAGACCUGUAGGGCCCGUGGGCAGCAGAUAGCCUGUAUCCUGAUUUCUGAGCAAAAUCUUAAACCCUUACUAGUGUGUCACUGAUAAUGUUUUCAAUCUAUAUGUUAAUGCCCAACAUUUCAUUUUUUUUUUUUAUUUUUUUACCUCCCCAGACUGUCCAGCUGGGAUAUAAAUGUAACUUUCACCUGACAUCUAGAAUAGCAAGUUAUAUCAUGUGUGUCGCAUAUUACUGGACUGUUAGCUUGAAAAGUAUCAGGUUAUAUGCCAUGGUUUUAGAGACUUCAUUAAUUCCAUGCUGUACUGAAUUUUUUUAUUUUUUUUUUCCUUUCCUAGGGCAUUCGAAUUCCUCUUAAACCAAAGCAAAAUGAACCGGCCGUUCAACCUAAACGAGCAAGGUAAGAAGACAUUACAUUGAAUCAAAGUAUCCACCGUAUGAAAAGAAAAUCUUAAAGGAACAUUAUAACAUUAGAAAUAUAAACAUUUAUUCCUACUACUAUAGUCUCCUACUAACCAUUUAGAUGUGCUCCCCCUUCAGCUUGAUGAUAUCAGCUAAUUUAAUGCUUCCCAUAUGAAAAGCAUUUGAUUGAGAACCGAGUUUGACUCUGCAGUUCCUAACCCUCAUAGGCACAGAAUUGGGACAUGUUUAAUUAGUGGAUGUAUGAUGUGCAUUUGAUGAAUGAGUCUGAAACCAAAGCUCUAUGCUACUGAAAUGAAAAAAUAAAUACAUUUUUUUUUUAAAUCAUUAAAAAAAAAACAUAAAUCAGAGGCCAAGAGACUCCCAAGAAUGUAACAUUUUAUAAAGUAUAAGUGGAUUAUCGCAAAAUGACUUUAAAAAAUAAAAUAAAAAAUUAACAUUACAAGGAGCUGAACAAAUCUGUAAGCAGUGAGUUUGCAUAGAGGGGUUCUACUACACAAGCUAUUUCGAUAGCACAUGUUCGUCCUGUAGACAUAAGUAUGACCACAAAAGAGCUUCUGCUAAUGCAAUCAAUAAACCUUGAACAUACUGAGGUUUUGGAGAUGCAGCUAUGACUAUUGGCUAUUCAGAAGUAAGUCUUGUUAAUAUUUCAAGUACUUUGAAUUUACUCUCCCCAGAAUUGAAGAUUUACCACCCCCAACUAAGAAACUGUCUCCUGACCUCACUCCGCAUGUUAUGUUUACCGGUUUUGAUCCACAGCAAGGGCAACAGUACAUCAAGGUAAUAAUCUCUUGUUAAAUGUAUCUAUAUAGGUACUUUGUAUGUCACAUCACUUAUGGACAUGUUAAGCAGUCAUGAUAUAUUCUUUAUAAAUAGUUAUGGAAAGCUAGCUGGAGCAAAAUUUGCAUAUGUUGCAAUGUACCCAAGUAUUACUGGAAAUUAUAGCAGGGCUCAGACAAUUUGCACUUUUUAAAUUAUUCUACCACUAAAUAAAACAUUUAGCAGCAUCUUGUUAUACUUCGACGUGGCUGCUUCUCGUUUAGUCAAGAUCAGUAAUACAAAGAAUUAUGGUUAGAGAAAUACUUGAUAAUUUUGAUAUGUCUUCUUUUUCAGAAACUCUACAUUCUUGGUGGGGAAGUGGCAGAAUCUGCACAAAAAUGCACGCAUCUGGUUGCCAGUAAAGUGACCAGAACAGUAAAGUUUCUGACUGCGAUUUCAAUAGCUAAACAUAUUGUGACCCAGGAAUGGUUAGACGAAAGUUUCAAAUGUCAAAAAUUUGUUGGUAGGUCUAAAACCAUAUAAACCUCUGUACCUCUUGAUGCAGGAUAAUGCUAGAUUGUGUUUGGUUGAUUUCCUUUACGUGUGUUGUCAAAUCUCUUGAGUUAAGAGAUUUAAACUAGUUUAAAAAUUUUUUUUUUUUUUUUUAAAUCUGAGAUCAUAUGUAAAACAAAGUAUGUUUGUAUAUAGUUUGUGUGCUUGUGGUAUGGAAAGAAAGUUCCAACUACUUACAAAUGGACUUUCUAACUACUGCUGUUGCAUAUUUGUUGUGUAUAUACUAAGGGAGAACCUUGGGUUUUGUCAUUAUAGAGGAGCAGAGUUACAUACUGCGGGAUGCUGAAGCCGAAGUAUUGUUCUGUUUCAGCUUGGAAGAGUCCUUAAAAAGAGCACGUGGUACUCCUCUCUUCAAGGUAUGUUUUUAUAUGCAAGUUUCCCAAAGCUUAAAUUGUAAUGAUCAGUUGUGGAGAAAUCUUCUAACAGUUGAUAUAAACGCAAAGGAUUAUUUGUCUGUUAACUGAAAAAAUUAAGCCGUUGGCACUGAGGAAUAGUCUUCUGGUGGGCAGCCUUUUCUAUACGUGUAAGCACAAUAUGUGUAUUUUUUGCACACUUAUUUUUUAAAUAUAUUCCUUUGCAUUUACUUAUUAUUGUCUAAAAGUUGAAGCAUUGAUGCUAUUGGAGUAAAUGAAUAAUUCUAUUGUAAAGGGCUAGGCAUUCUCUUUAGAGGGCUAGGCGAUCUCUUUACAAUGCAUAUAGUCCAGAUGUUCAUUAAGGUGUUAAUUGGGUGUUUCAUUCUUUUUAUGGUUUGUGAAAUUACAUUCACCAUUUGAUUAGUGGGUAUAUGUAUUUAGAGUAUAUAUUAUAUUAUUAAGUAUAUCUCAUGGUAUAUUUUCUUAUAGGGUAAAUAUUUUUAUAUUACUCCUGGAAUUUGCCCUAGUUUAUCAACAAUGAAAGCUAUUGUGGAGAGCGCUGGGGGGAAAAUCUUAACAAAACAGCCUUCUUUCAGAAAAAUUAUGGAGCACAAGCAAAAUAAGGUAUGUAUAUAGUUUUUAUAUAUAUUUAUUUUAUUUUUUACUUUUUUUUUAUAAUAUUGUUUGUAAAGGGUCACUCUCGGCACCAAAAUCUCUUCAGUUAGCUGACGUGGUUAUGGUGCAAGUACCUUGUUCUGCAAGCUUCUUUUUCAAAGCUCAUUAUCUUUUAAGUUAAUGAUGUCAUUUGGAGCAUGUAGCAGGCAUACCUACUCGGCAGAUCUAAUGAGAUUUUACACAGAAAUUUUUUAUUUUUUUUAUUUUGAUCUAGUAGAAGAGAAUCCAGUACCAGCAUGUGAGAAAACAUGUAAAACAAAAAGAGUUAGCUUCAAUUAUUUCCCAUAUCAAAUACACCCUCUAUAAUUUAAAUUUAUGGACUAAUUUAUAUUCUAGUUUAGCUGUGUAUUCCUUGAAUUGCUACAUAGGAUUAUAAAAUGCAAGUCUUCAUCUUGCAAAGUCAACAUGGGUUCCUUUUUGUGUACGUAUCAUUCACAAAUGUUUAGAUAACAAAAUAACAUCACCUAGAGAAACUACCAGUAAAGGUAUAGAUUAAAUGUUAUACUUACAAAAGGUUUUCAUCUGUUGUUGGGUGUUUUUGCAUCAUUGCACUCCCAUUAUGGGAACCAAACGUUAUCAAUGUGGGGCAAUGCUGAUUUGUUUGUUUCUUCACAAAAUUGUUAUCCAAGCUUUCUUUGUUUGUGUUUUCUUUUGAAUAGAGUUUAGCUGAGAUCAUCUUGAUAUCCUGUGAAAAUGAUCUUCAUCUGUGCAGAGAAUAUUUUGCUAGCAAUAUAGGUAAGGAGCUUCUCUCUUGUUUAGUUGUCUGAUUGUGUAAUCUUUCAGUUAAUGUUUACUUUGUAUUGUCUUUAUUUUUUUAAUAGAUGUUCAUAAUGCGGAGUUUGUUCUCACUGGUGUCCUUACCCAAACGUUGGAUUAUGAAUCAUAUCCUUUACAAUGUUUUAUUGUUAAUGUUUGAUUAUGUGGUACAACGGUUUACACUGACCAAGGAAUACCAUACAUAUUCUUGAGUAGACUACUGCAUUUUGCAAUUUCAGAAAAUGUAAUAACAUGCCUAUUUAUUCUACACUCC